UCCACUCUGUUUUCAUUUCCUUGUUCCCUCCCCUUCAGAUCUACAGUUUGCAGAGGGGUGUAACCAACAUGGUGGUGAAAUGCAGCAGCUGCGGCCCUGUUCACUGCAGAGACACAUGUUGUUUUGAUCAGAAGUUAAAGUAGAGUCACUUCCGAAGAAGUGAAACUCAGACAGUAUUUGUCACUGAGAGGUGAAAAUGGCGCAGAAAGGAGUUCAGCUGGACCGUGAAACCUUCUCUUGUUCCAUCUGUCUGGAUCUCCUGAAGGAUCCGGUGACUAUUCCCUGUGGACACAGCUACUGCAUGAACUGUAUUAAAACCCACUGGGAUGAAGACGAUGAGAAUAAACUCCACAGCUGUCCUCAGUGUAGGCAGACCUUCACAGCGAGGCCUGUCUUGGUGAAAAACACCAUGUUGUCAGAUUUAGUGGAGCAACUGAAGAAGACUGGACUCCAAGCUGCUCCUGCUGAUCACUGCUAUGCUGGACCUGAAGAUGUGGCCUGUGAUAUCUGCACUGGGAGGAAACUGAAAGCCUUCAAGUCCUGUCUGGUGUGUCUAGUCUCUUACUGUGAGAAACACCUUCAGCCUCAUUUUGAAUCACCUGCCUUUGAAAAACACAAGCUGGUGGACCCCUCCAACAAGCUCCUGGAGAACAUCUGCUCUUGUCACGAUGAGGUGAUGAAGAUGUUCUGCCGUACUGAUCAGCAGUGUAUCUGUUAUCUCUGCUCUGUGGAUGAACAUAAAGGACACGACACAGUCUCAGCUGCAGCAGAAAGGACUGAGAGGCAGAGAGAGCUGGAGGUGAGUCGACUAAACAUCCAGCAGAUAAUCCAGGACAGAGAGAAAGACGUGAAGCUGCUUCAACAGGAGGUGGAGGGUAUCAACCACUCUGCUGAUAAAACAGUGGAGAACAGCGAGAAGAUCUUCACCGAGCUGAUCCGUCUCAUGGAGGAAAGAAGCUCUGAUGUGAAGCAGCAGGUCAGAUCCCAGCAGAGAACUGAAUUGAGUCGAGUCAAAGAGCUUCAGGAGAAGCUGGAGCAGGAGAUCACUGAGCUGAAGAGGAACGAUGCUGAGCUGCAGCAGCUCUCACACACAGAGGACCACAACCAGUUUCUACACAACUACCCCUCACUGUCAGCACUCAGUGAGUCUACAGACUCAUCCAGCAUCAACAUCCGUCCUCUGCUCUACUUUGAGGAGGUGACAGCGGCUGUGUCUGAAGUCAGAGAUAAACUACAGGACGUCCUGAGAGAGAAACGAACAAACGUCUCACUGACGGUGACUGAAGUUGAUGUUUUACUGUCACAAUCAGAACCAAAGACCAGAGCUGGAUUUUUUAAUUAUUCACGUGAAAUCACUAUGGAUCCAAACACAGCACACACACGUCUGUUAUUAUGUGAGGGGAACAGAAAAGCAACAUUAAUGAAACAUCAACUGUCUCAUUCUCGUCACCCAGACAGAUUCACUGAAUGGCAUCAGGUCCUGAGUAGAGAGAGUCUGAAUGGACGUUGUUACUGGGAGGUGGAGUGGAGAGGAGAAGGGGUUAAUGUAGCAGUUGCAUACAAGAAUAUCAGCCGGACUGGGAGCUCAUAUGAAUGUGUAUUUGGACAAAACAACAAAUCUUGGGCAUUAAGAUGUGACGAAAACAGCUAUACAUUUUGGUACAACAAAAUCAAAACUCCCGUCUCUGGUCCUCAGUCCUCCAGAGUAGGAGUGUACCUGGAUCACAGUGCAGGUGUUCUGUCCUUCUACAGCGUCUCUGAAACCAUGACUCUCCUCCACAGAGUCCAGACCACAUUCACUCAGCCUCUCCAUGCUGGACUUUGUCCUCUUUAUACGUCUGGAAACACUGCUGAGUUCUGUAAACUCAAAUAGACUGAAGUCCUUUAAGGGUUGAAUUCUGUGUCUUAACUCUUAAACUCAUUUAGUCUCCAUGUUUGUUGAUGAGAGCUGAUUGUUGUGGCGUUUCUUCACUGCACAGAGAUCAGCUGUCAGUCAAACAUUCUGGUGGUACUUUGACAUCUUCUCAUUAGUUCUUCUGUAAAUGUUUGACUUUCUUUAUGUGGCUCUCCUUCCUGUUUCUGUUUAGCCAUGGAGGCUAUCACUGCUCAUGAUGAUGUCUGUUUACCUGAACUGACUGAUUUCUCUGCAUGAAUGUGUAAACUUCUCUGUGCUCUAAAUGUCUGAACAUUCUUAUCAAUUUUUUUGUAUAGGUCUUAAGAGGGAAAGCAGCAGACCUUCCUUUCUUGGAAAAGUGUGUAUUCAUCAUUUAAACCAAACAUGAACAAAUUAUUUUCUUCUUGUCUUAUUACAGGGUUUCAUACAAAGCUGAUUGAGAAAAUAUGAAAACAAUAUGAGGGUAUAACUGAGUUAGUGUUCCUUCUAAAAUACCAGAAAGUUGAGUGUUCAUGUUGAUGGACGAUUAAACUGGAGAGACAGUUUCACAAAUGUUUCAGUAGAUCUACUAGCUGAAAGGCAUUCACCUGACACUAAAGUUGUUGUGUAUAUUAUAAGUGUUGCUGGAGUUUUGAACUCCUCAGAUUCUAUAAGAAGUUCCAGGUAAUUUUAUGUAUGAGUCUUAAUAAUUGUUGUUGCACCCGCCGCAGUGUACAUAAACUUAAUUGUUGAUCAUUGUUGUUUAAUUGUCUGUGUUUUGUCUAUUGUCUGGUUGAUGCUACAGUAGAUAUAAAAUGUGUUUAUUUAUUGUUGGCUUCUGCAUCAGUGAGUGAAACUAGUAAAAAUAGUCAAUAAAGUAGGAGAAAAUGUUUUUGAAAAACUGAGUUACCUUUGAAUUCUCUUCCCUGAGAGAUAAAACUUAAUAUGUGGGUCCAGAAGAGAAAAUCUUUGCUCUUAUAUUUUAAAAUUAGUUUGAGGCUGCAGUUAAUUCCUGCUAUUCAGAUUUCCACUUCACAUGGUGAUGAUGAAAAACAAAACUCUUUCCAACAGACUCUUAAACACCGUUUCCACAGUUUGCUUACCAACAUGGAAAUUGCAUGAAACAUCCCAAGUAGAAACAAUCUCAGUGUAUGUCUUUCCCAUUUUUCUAGUCGCUCAAAAGGACAUUCAAAGGAAUGUAUUCUAAAUUAAAGUAUAUUUUUAUUAUUUUUUUGUUUCUGUCAGGACAAUUUUAUGGAACAAAACAAUGGUUAAGUUUAGGCAACAAAAGAUCUUAGUUAGGUUUAAGAGAAGCCGUUAUGGUUGGAAUUAAAAUAUGUACAUAAUCUAGGUUUAAUCAACAAAAUGAACAUUAGGUUUUGUCAACAAAACUAUUUAGUUAACUUCACAAAAUAUUAGUAGUUGUUUGUCUUAUGAUACUCCCUGACUGGAGGUUUAACUUUAGUUUUUCCUCCAUCAACUUAAA